AGUAGGACUUUUUAAAACCUGUCAUGGGGAGACAGACAGAAGGAGAAAGAGACAAAAACAUGAAGCUCCUAACAAUUAGUCUGAUCCUUAAUCUCCUGCUGCCACAGUCUGGAUAUUCUGUUUCCAGCACAGUUACUGAACCAAGUCCCAAACAAACCAAAGAUCCUAAAGACACCAAAUCAGAUCCGUACCUGGGCUCCGAGGAGUGUUUAAAACGACGUUACACCCGCCUGUCCUGUGACAAAGUCUUCUGCCCCCCGUGGAUGCGCUGCAUCGAUCAGAAGUGCUCGUGCAAGUUUCCCUACCAGUGCCUAAGAGUAGGAAGGAGUGUGUGUGGGAGCGAGGGACAAAGCUACUUCUCUCUGUGUCAAGCUCUGGCCAUUUCCUGUCGCAUGAAAGAACCCAUCUUCUCUCACUUUGGCGAUGAAUGCAAAGAGGAGGACAUGUUUAUAACAAGCCUGGUGAAAUUUGGAGACCAUGAUCUGAUUAGAUUGAAAACGCCGAACGGGACAGCGCUGGUUUGUGGCAGCGGUUGGAAUAUGGCGGCAGCCAACGUGGUUUGUCGACAUUUAAAAGAGGAGAAGAGAGGUGCUGCCGUUAUAUCGAAGGAGAAAUUUAAUAAAAUACAAAUAUCUGGGGAAGACUUGCCGCCUCACUGCAUUUCUGUGCAUUGCACUGGCUCUGAGUACACACUGGCUGAGUGCACUCUCCACCAAAAACAAAUAAUCCAGCCGAACAUGAACAUAGCCUUGGUGGGCUGCUACCAGGAACCAAAAGACAAUACAAAAUGCGAGUUCCCUUGUGUGAAUGGGAAAUGUAUCAGCUUCAAGAAAACCUGUGAUGGAGUGGACCACUGUGGAGAUAACAGUGACGAGAUGUGCUGUAAAGCAUGCCGCCCUGAUGGUUUCCACUGCAAGUCUGGAGUGUGUAUUCCAAAGAGUGCUGUUAGAGAUGGGAUCAGAGAUUGCCUGGGAGGGGAGGAUGAACUUGAAGACACAGACACACAUACAGACACACACACAGAUGACCAGGUAUCUUCACCAGAUGCACCCGACCGAACUGUACAAAGACAAAGUCACCACAGAAGUUCCCAAGAUGACCAGGUAUCUUCACCAGAUGCACCAGACCAAACUGUACAAAGACCAAGUCACCACAAAAGUCCCCAAGGUUCUGAUAUUACCUCGGAUCCCAAGACAGAGGUGAAAUUGAUUCGUGACUCAGUGGAGACGCUGUACUGUGGAAUACCAAAUGCAUCCUAUGUGUACAAGCCAGAGGAGGAGGAGUCCCAGAGGAGGAGGAGGAAGAGAGUCGUGGGAGGUGCCGUGGCUUCACCGACUCAAAUCCAGUGGCAGGUGGGCAUACAGGAGGAUGAAAGGAUUUACUGUGGGGGAGCAUACUUGGGGGGGUGCUGGGUUCUGACAGCGGCCCACUGCGUCAGGCCUAAACCGGAAGCCUACCACAUCAAAUUCUCUUUGUGGAAGAAAUGGAGUAGACAAGGUACCACAGACACUAUCCCAGUGAAAAACGUCAUCAUCCACCAUGACUACAACGCUAAGACCUACCAGAACGACAUCGCUCUAAUCCAGCUCAAGACGCUGUCCAACAGUGAUAAGUGUAUGGUGCAUAAUCCAGCAGUCAGUGCAGUGUGUGUACCCUGGUCUCCAAUGCAGUUCCAGACCAAUGACACCUGCACCAUCUCUGGCUGGGGACGCAAGAAAGGCGGGAGCAGUGCCCAAGCUUUGAACUGGGCCAACGUGACCAUAAUCGGAGACUGUAAGACGUAUUAUAAGGAUCGAUACUUUGAUGGGAUGGAGUGUGCAGGUGACCUGGAAGGAAAGGUGGACUCAUGCCAGGGGGACUCAGGCGGUCCAUUGGUGUGUAAAGAUGCCAGUGGUGUGUCGUAUGUGUGGGGAAUUGUUAGCUGGGGUGAAAACUGUGGGCAGCCAGGAUUCCCAGGUGUGUACACUAAAGUGGCUCAUUAUUUUGAGUGGAUCCGGUUUCACACUGGAUGGCCCUUGGUGACCAAGUACAACCAGUGAGAACAAGCAAAUUCAGAGACUACAGUCUUUUUGUACUAAAUGAUGGCUGAACCUGUUUAUACUGUUGUAACCUUCAUAAGCUGUGCUUACUUUUCAUGAUUCUCACGGAGAUUUGAACCAACCAAAAGCUGCCUUGAAUGGCACAUAGAACUAUGUUGCCCACCCCAUGAAAUGUUAAGAUUAUAAAGUUCAUUGCAAUAAAAGUGGGACUCAGA